AAGCUGUAAACUUGAGCUGGAAGCACUGCGCCCCUGUCUUCACACCAGUUUGCUGUUUCUUUUUCACCCCGAGCGCGAGAACUAGGGCGACCGCAGCACUACGCCCCUGCUGCCCAUGUCUUCGUCGGGGCCUUUGCCGGCGACCGGAACCCACCACGGCAGUCAAAGGGCAGAGUGUAAAUCCCAGGGUUCCACUUCUGCACGCAAGGUACAAAAGGCUGAUCGUGAGAAGAUGCGAAGAGAUAAAUUAAACGAGCAGUUCCAGGACUUGGGAAAUGCACUUGAUCCAGACCGUCCCAGGAACGAUAAGGCAACUAUACUUGGUGACACAAUCCAGAUGCUGAAAGAUUUGACUACUCAGGUGAACAAGCUGAAAGCUGAAUACACGUCACUUUCUGAAGAAGCGUGUGAGUUAACACAAGAAAAGAAUGAGCUUAGAGAUGAGAAAGCUUCACUGAAAUCUGAGGUUGAUAAUUUGAAUAAUCAGUAUCAGCAACGAAUGCGGGUGCUAUACCCAUGGGUUGGAAUGGAGCCUUCUGUUGUCAUGGGGCCACCUCCUGCAUAUCCCUACCCAGUCCCAGUUCCAAUACCCUCUGGUGCUGUACCCAUGCAUCCGCAGUUGCAAACAUACCACUUCUUCCACAGUCAAGCUUCUGGAACCAUCCAAAACACAUGCAUCCCUUACAUGGCAUAUACACAACCCUGCCAUCCUCCCACUGAUCAGCCGUCUAACCAACUUAAUACUCCAGUUGCCCAUUCAAGUAGUCAUAGGUCUAACUCUCCAGCUCAAGACUGUAGAAGCAAGUCAUCUACAUUGCAGCAACCAAGCUGUGGAGUGAGAAGCAGUGAUGCUGGUGAUAUUGCUACUGAUCUGGAAUUGAAGACUCCUGGUUCUUCAUGUCAAUCACAUGCAGAGAUUGCUUACAACGAUUCCUCUUCGGAUUUGAAAACAAAGAAGCAUUGCAUAAAGCAGAUUAAUGAUUGCACUCUCACUGAAAGCAGUAGUUCAAGCAGAUGCUCUUCCAAUGGUCCCCCAGAUGUUUCUAAUAGUGCUAUUGAUGAAUAAGCUGCUUGACGACCGAUUAACAUACAAACCGUUGACUGGUAUAGAUUGAGAAAAGAUCUCGUUUAACCACCCAUAAGUGAGCUCCCAACUCUAUAUGCAGUGUAAUUUGCUAUUGUUGCUAGCUUAUUUACAUAGAAGUGGUCAGAUUCUAAUGUGAUGACUCACAAAUUGGGAGGCGUGGACUUUGUAGAUAAUCUCAUGAUUGUUAGUGGUAAAAGUUUGGUGGAAGGGAAAAAAGGAGAGAACAAAAUCAUAGACAGCAGCAUCUAUGGUGGUUCGGUAGGGACUCCAGGACUAGGUAUGGUGAGCAUUGUCAGUGUUCGGCAUGGCAGGUAGAUAUUCAUAAUAACUGGAUUCUAGUACCAUUGCAUAGUUCGUCCUAGACUGGCAUUUUACAUAAAUUUCUGUGUCAAAUAUGUAAAUAACUCGAGGGCGGAUAACUGGAUAUAUAGUGUCUAUGUUGGCCUAUUC